AUGAAUGUGAAUCUGAAUAUACGACGGGUGUUAAAACCAGUUAAAAAUUGGUUUAUACCACUUCCAAACUUUGAGGCGGAAGAUUUUCCCAAAACUAUUUCAUUCGCAGAAGAGGAACAAAAUUAUGAAAAAGAAGAAUAUGUUUUUCAUUGGCAAGAAAAAGUUUUUAAUAAAAGUGAAUUUGUCAAAUUCAAAGAUUCAGACAAGAAAGGAGAGCUCGAUGUUAAAUAUUGCCAUAGCAAUCUCAAAGGAGAUUUCAGUCAAAAAAAACUUCCUGAAAAACUUUUUAGUUUUGUAGAUGUUGAUAAUUUUUCAAUCGAUGAAAAUGUUUUUUGUAUGCCUUUUAAUACAAAAAAAACUUUGAAAAUCGAUUUUAAAAAUAGCAAUAAGAAGCUUGAAAAAAUACCAAAAUCUAAAAUAAUAAGUUAUCCAAAUUUCAAAAAUAAAUUAAACUCAACCAAGAGCCCUUCUCAAAAAAUGUUUAUUAUGAUUGAUUUAAAUUCAAACAAUGGAGAUGAUGAAAAUAAUGAAAAUAAUUAUGAAGUUUUAUGCAUGUUAAAUUAUAAUGAUUCGAAUAAUUUGUUGGAGAUGACCCCACAAUUUUCAAAAUCUGAAUCUAAGCCAUAUUUAUUAGAGACGGGAAAUGGGGAUAAUAAAAAAUCUUUUUAUUAUUGGUUAUUUCAUGCUUCAAACGACAUUACAAACGAAAUGAAAAAAUUACAUAUUGGAUCUGAUUUUUUUUCCGGAGAUUCAAAUAAUCUAUACACAACAGUACUGGGUGACAUAAUAAGUGCCAAAAAUUUCGAAUACAGUAAUCUUUACAUUAAAUAUUUUGUUAAAAUGCCUCCAGAAUGGGAAAUUUUCAACUCUGAUGAUUUAUUCGGAAUAACUCACAUUUCAAAACAAAACUCUCGCGGAACGGCAUAUUUUUCUCAUUUAUUCGAAUUUAAUUUAUAUGCAAAUCUUCAGUUAUUUAAAGUAUCGUUACCCGAAAUUAUAUUUGAAGUUUUAUCAAUUGAUAAUUACAAUAGAUACAGGCACGAAGGUUACACAUACGUUUCUUUACCUCAUUCUCCAGGAAUGUAUGAAUUUAAUUUAAAAUGCUGGAGAGCCGCUGAUAAAAAAAUUAGGUCAAAAUUAGAAAGAUUUUUUAUAGGAGGAGGAUCCGAGUUGGAAGAUAUUUUUUACGUGGGUCUUUCAAAUUAUCCCAAAGCAGAAUUAGUGAGUAGAUUCGGUUUUGAAACGAUACCUUCCGGUGAAAUAAAUUUAAAAUUAAGUAUUUUACAUCAAUCGGAAUUUUUAAAAAAAAAUGAAAUCGAUCCAGAAUUUACGAUUGGGAAUAAUAAUAAAAAAAAUAAAGAUUUUAUUUUAUCCAGUCUUAAUUCUGUUCUCGAAGCAUUUAGAAAAGCAAGAUCUCGUAUGCUGGAAGCAAAAAAAGAUUUGGAAUCACAAUUUAGUAAUAUUAACCUCGACGUACGUACCUUAUAA